UGUCGCUCUCUGAUUGGCUGAUGCUGCAGCUAUGUCCCGGUCAAGCUUCUGGAAUCUUCCCAGAUGUCGCUCUCUGAUUGGCUGAUGCUGCGCUAUGUCCCGGUCAAGCUUCUGGAAUCUUCCCCCUUCUGAGUCUGCUCCGGUCUAGCUUUUCACUUGUGCGAGACUUUGCAAUUUGGAAGUUUUCCAGUGCUGCCAGCUGUGAUCUUCACCUGUGCUUUACUACACCCACCUUAAAUCAUCUACACUACUGUUACAUCUCAAUCAGAAAACAACACACUGACUAGAUAAACAUAUUCAGACACAACAGACAUUUAUUUACAAACCUACACAUAAUAUUCACUAACACACACACUUUCACUCACACACACACACAUUCACUCACUAUCUUCCCACAAACACUGUUUCAUUCAUUUGGAACAUAUUUCAAUACAUUUUACAGUUUGUAUUUUCUCUGUUGCUUUGAUCUAGAUAACCGGUUUUUUCUCCCCCAGUUUUCUUCUGUUUUUCUCUCUGUCCACCAGGAUGCCACGCAAGGGACGACGCUCUGAGGCCGCCAAGAAGAGAUGGAGGACCCUGGACCAGGAGGACCUGCAGAGCAGCCAGCCGGACGUCGCCAAGCCCAGGACAUCCCCACCCACCGCGCAGGCUUGGACCCCCACCCAGUCUCCGGAGAAGAAGAUGUCCCGACUGCUGGAGUCCCCGGGCCAGGUGGUUUGCCAGGAGGAGCCCCGUAGGCCAUUGACCUCUCUUGUGUCACGCCGUGGGACGGGGCGUCGCCAUCGCGUCGUGAAGUGGCCGUUUUCCCCUGUGACUUACCGUAGUCACAAGUUGGUCCUGCCAGCCGCGGUCCCGGAGAAGAGGUUUGUUCUUUUGGUUGGUGACUCCCAUCUGCGUGCUUACGUUGAUGAGUUUGUCUCCAUGCCAGAGGGCAACCUCUCCUUUGGGUUUCUUGCAACCCCCGGGGCCUCGGCGGACGAGUUGAGGCGUGAGGUGCUGGGAGCAGUUCUGCCUCGGACCCCCGAGGUAGUCUGUCUUCUGGCACCCGGCAACAACUUGGAAGCCAGAAGGACCGUGCAGCAGUCGGGCGCGGACUUCAAGGGGCUGCUGCUCGCCGUCGGCAACCUCUGCCCUAACGUGGUUGUUGUGGACUUUCCUCCACGUCUCACCGUGGAGGAAGACCACCAACAGCUGCUCCGGCAGGAGUACCACCGUGUGGCUGCUCGGAGAAAUGUUCGCUACCUCUCGGUAGUUGAACAUUUCCCGCGGAGCUGCUUGGACAUGUGGAGCAGGGAUGGCGUUCACCUGAGCGACCAUCCUGGGAUGGAGGUCCUUGCUCAGUUGCUGUGGGAUGCGUCCUACACGCAACUUGAGUUAAGUGCACCGACAUCUCCAGCUCCACCUCCUGCUCCUGUGACGCCUCCUUCCCCCGUGGUGAGACGUUCCCCCCCCAGGCUGGUUGUGGUCGGCGAGGUUCCAGCUCCGCGUCCUUCGGACCCUUUCGCUUGGACUGUUGUCCGUGGUGGCCAGAGGACGUCGCGCCAGGUCCAGAGGGGUGAUGGCUCUCCACACAUCACUGGGAGGAUGGUUGACCAACAGGGAGACCUGCUGGACUCCACCAUUCCCCCGAAUCCUGUGUGGUUCAGCCCAACGGUGCUGGAGGAGAUGGACCGGAUCGUUCCUGCGUCUGGCCGUGACGCUCCGUUACCAACACGUGCUCUGAAGGGGAAGAAGAAAGCCAGUGUGAGACGUCGUCCACGACCCGAUCCCUCCAAGCCGAGACCGGAGGAGCUGCAGGUGGAGGGAGCUCCGACUGAGAGGACCAGGCCAGCCCGUCGCCAGCCCAGGAGAGCCGCCCCCACGUUGGAGGUUGACGCCCCCGCCGAGUCCUCUCCCGCGCCUCUGGAGGACCAUGUCAGGGAUGACAGCUGCCAGGUGGAGGGAGCUCCGACUGAGAGGACCAGGCCAGCCCGUCGCCAGCCCAGGAGAGCCACCCCCACGUUGGAGGUUGAUGCCCCCGCCAAGUCCUCUCCCGCGCCUCUGGAGGACCAUGUCAGGGAUGACAGCUGCCAGGCUUCUUCGUUGGAACCCUGUGCCAGCGGUCCGCCUGUCCACACUCUGAGGGCCACACAUUGCCAGGCUGACUAUAGAUACGGUACAUUUUCCCGUAAUCACCAGUGUACCUGUAUGGCUCUGACAUUUUUAGCGUACCACAGUGAGGGGUUGCAGUGUGACACAGUCUUACUUGACAGAGUACUUGAGCAAGGAGAUGCACUUUAUGUUGGCAUUAAACAGCAGCUCAUGUUGGACGGUAGAUUUGUUGAUAAUCACUUGACAGUUGAAGAGAUGCCCCAACAAGUACUGACAGACGGGAACAUCUACUCUGUACACACAACGGGUGUCAGAGUUGGUCGUGUUUUGUGUCAGAAUGAUAGCCCUCAAAGGUCACGGCCAAUGGGAUUGCCUCUUGCCUCACAACUAGAGUGUCUGUCUGAAAAUGUCACCCAUGCUUUUCUUUUGGUGACUCCAGAGUGCAUUGCAGUUUUCCGGGACAGAGACGGUAGGUUUGGAGUUUUUGAUUCUCAUUCCAGAAACUCAGCAGGCCUGCCCCAUCCUAACGGAACUGCAGUGGUCAUGACCUUUAGCAACCUAAUGCUCAUGGUUGAACAUCUGUACAAACUCUUUCAGAACCGUGGCCCCCAUGCCACGUAUGAGUUUGUACCAGUAUCGUUUGUCAGCGAUGACAUUGGUGAUGCCCCUCCUCCGGCCUUGAGCAAUCUUAAUAUUUCACCUGGAUCCACACAAGCAAGCCCUAAGAAAUCAGAGAGCACUUCUGAUGAAGAGGAUGAAGAGGAAAUGCCAGCUUGGCUUGUUGAAGUUGGCCACAUAUUAGAGGAAACUGUCCCAACGAUGCCAGAUGUGUCCAAAUUGCCAAAAGCCAGGAGAAUAAAAGUAAGAGACAGGAUCAAAGCACAGCUGGGACAGGAUGUAGUUAAAAAAAUGAAACAAAGAACAUCUGAGAAAGAAAAAUAUGAUACAUCGCCUACAUAUAAGGUAAAAAAACUACGGGCAAUGAAACAAGCAUAUCUUCUUCAACAUGCAGAGAGGAAGAUCCAGUUAACUGCUAGAUAUAAGCGUGAUGUUGCUUACCGAAGGAGACUAAUGGAAUAUAUAAAGGAAAGGUACAGCAACGAUCCCAAGUUCACAGCCAGACAGAAAAGACUUAUGAGGAUGUAUAUGAAGAAAAUGUACAGCAAGUUACAGUUCCGGGUGCAACAUAUUAAAAAAUGUGCUGUCAACAAGAGACUAAGGCUAUCAAAGAAGACACUUCCUCAAAAUACAAUGCUGCAGUGUGCAAUGAGAAUCAGGCGAAAAUACAGAAGGACUUUAGGCUUUCUCCAAGGAACUCCACAGCCUCUGAUCAGCAACGAAAUGAAAGCUGCAAUUAUGAAAUUUCAAGAGAAAAUUCAACUUGGACCCACACAUGUCUGCACGGUUUGUCACAGAGCUCUUUUCCCGAGUCAAGUCAAGCAUUGUAACAGAGCCAAAUAUACCAAGAACAUUCGUGUGGAGGCUGAAUGCCUGACAGGUACGUAUGUUCACAUGUGUGACUCUGCAUGCUCCGCCCCGUGUUCUGUACCCAAAGAGAGGACUCAGGAGUGGAUCUGCUACACAUGUGACAGCUACGUAACCAGAGGAAAGAUGCCAUCAAUCGCUGCUGCCAAUCAUCUGGACCUGGCACCGAUUCCCACAGAGCUUUCCCUAUUGAAUGUACUUGAGAGGCAAUUAAUUGCAAAAAUACUGCCUUUUGCAAAGAUUGUUUCAUUGCCCAAAGGACAGCAGAGAGCAAUUCAUGGAGCUGUUGUUUGUGUACCUUCGGAAAUGGAAACAAUCGUGAACUGUCUUCCCAGGCCCAGCACAGAAGCACAGCUUUUACAGGUUAAGCUGAAGAGGAAAAUUAAAUACAAAGGAUACCAAUACUUUUACACAGUAAACAUGGAAAAUGUUUUGGCUGCACUCAGAAAGCUUAAAGAGACCCACCCGGAUUACAAGGAUGUAAAUAUAAAUGAAAGUGCAACAUUUGAGGAUUUCCAGGAGGACCAACCUGUUGAGGAAUCACAAACCCAAGCAGAGGAUGCAGUCACAGACCAACCUGACCACAUAGGGGAAGAACAUCAGGCUCUUCGACCGGGUCUGAUCUUGGACACGUGCAUGCAGCCACCUGACAUAGCACAGGAAGUGCUCUCCUAUGGAGAUGGAAUUUUUAGUGUCGCUCCCGCCCAAGGAAACAAACCCGUUGGCUUCUUUACUGUUCCAAGGCUGGAAGCCAAGGCUUUUCCUGUGCAGUUCCCCACUGGCCAAAACACGUUAGACGAAGCCAGACGAGUUAUACUGUCACCAAGUAUGUAUUUCAAUGUCAGGCUUUUCUCUGUAGACACUCGAUUUGCCAAAGACCAGAGUUAUCUUUUCUUUGCUCAGUUUGUUACCGAGACUCAUAUGGCCAACAACAGCAUGUCAAUUCAGUCAAGAAAAGGCAAAGCCAGGAGCAAAGAAGGACAAAACAUUUCCAGCAAGAUGCUACAAGACAAAGAAGAGUUAGAAAAACUCAUUCAAAAUAAAGAGGCCACUCGUUUUAUGCAACCCCUAAGAGGAACUCCAGCUUAUUGGGAGAAAGGUUUGCGCGAUUUGCACGCCAUGGUGAGGCAGCUGGGAAAGCCAACCUUCUUUUGUACCUUCUCUGCUGCUGAAAUGAGAUGGCCGGAAGUCAUUGAGGCCAUCAAAGUUCAACACGAGAGCAGGUCAACUUUUCAGAGCUCGACUGGAACACCAAGUGUGACAUUCUUAGGAGCAACCCUGUUACUGUGA